AUGAACGUUUCAAGAGUAGCGAAGAGUGGAAGGAUUUUGAGAGAUUUGAAAAGAAGAACUUCGAAUUUGGCGAAUGCGAAAAGUACAGUUACGCUUUGGAUUGACGAUCACACCCAACCGGGGCAAAAAUACAUUCGUCGAAGGCCACAAGAAUUCGCAGUCGAUGGCCGAGGGCACGUGAUUUGCACAAUCGGUGAAUUCAACGCUGGAGGAGUCCUAGGAACCGGGAAACAUGGCGUGUCGGUCUACUGGGGACCUGGAAAUCCGCUGAAUUACGUCGAUAACUUGCGUUUCUCGCCGCUUGGUGUGACACUAAAAACAAAAUACAGUUGGGAAGAAUGCGAUCGACUAGCAUUGCAAUAUUCGAGAGAAAUGAACAUGAGAGCAAUAAAACAUGCAGCAGAAACAGCUAAAUUCAUCGGAGUGGAUUGUCUUACAAUAACGCUACAAAACUUCAAACUAAUCAACCAAUUCAACUCAAUGGACGCCUCUGGAAGUCUGAUGCAUUCGUUCCGAAACAACAUGAAAAACGUAGUGAAAACGAACUGGUACCACAUGCUUUCUUUGGCCGGCUUGAAAGUCUUUCUCUGCCGUCUUGAAUAUCAAGAUGCUGAAGCACGUGAAUUAGCGAUAAAAGCAGCAAAUGCUGGACGAUUUCGACCUCUCACGGCGAGUCAGCAAAUCGUUUCGGAAGAACACAAAGAGCUUGAAAAUGACAUGCGAGAAAUUCUCUCCCAACUGGCGGUGAACAAUGGACAAGAUAAUAUUGCACAAGUGAGGGAAAACGUCAAGAAGAAUAGAAAGUACGUCGUGACGAGACAAGUUUCGGCGAAGGAGAAUACCAAGAUUCUGUUGGAGCACAGGAGAUCCGUUGGUCUCCCCGAGAUCCCGCAGCAUUUCUUCGUCGAAGCAAAUGUAGACAUGGACUAUGCAAAAUCACAAGGGUCUCUUGGAAUGGACGAAUUCGACGAGUUUGAUGAGUUAGAGAAGAUAUUCCUCGACGAUUCCAGCGUCCGAGGACAUGAAUUAACUGACGAGGAGCUUUUAAACACGCUCGACGGUUAA